AUUUUCCGCAUUCCAUCCAUUUCGAACGAUGAGUCGUUCGACAGGAAAAGAGGUGAUGUAAGUUACGAAAAAAGACUAUGAUAUGUAAAAAUCACGGCGUUUAUUGCUUCGUCUAAACUACUCACUAUCACCCCCUUGUAUAGGGGCAUCUGAUAGUUUGGAACUUCCGGCCUUUGGAGAAUAUUAACGCCGGGAAGCGAGAUCAAAUCAGCGUGUUGUCCCAACCAAGGGAGAAGUUAUUUUUGUUAGAACUCCUUAAAACCCAGUUCUUCUUCUGUUGAAAUAAUGUCGGGAUCACCAAAAGGCGGAAAAAAACACAAGAAAAACAGGCCAAAGUUUGACUUCUCCAAAGUUACAGCUCCUCCUCCUGUCCCACUGAAUACCCCACCCAGGAAUUUAUCAGACAAGACUACCAUUACUGUUGGGGGACAGGAGUUCCACUGCCAGGCAGAUGACCUUCAAGAGAUCAGGGAACUAGGGCACGGUGCAUAUGGAUAUGUGUAUGAGAUGUUGCAUGUUCCUACUUCGACUGUCAUGGCUGUCAAGAAAAUUCGAGCAAAUGUCAAUUCCACAGAACAGAAAAGACUGUUGAUGGACCUUGACAUUUCAAUGCGUGUCAGUGAUUACCCGUACACAGUCCAUUUCUAUGGAGCUUUAUUUAGAGAGGGAGAUGUGUGGAUAUGCAUGGAGCUUAUGAAGACAUCUUUGUAUGAUUUGUACAAACAAGUCUUUUCUAAACCAGACAGAAGAAUUCCUGAAGAAGUUCUAGGAAAAAUUGCAGUGUCUGUCGUUAGUGCUCUUGAGUACCUCCAUUCUAAUCUUAAAGUAAUCCAUAGAGAUGUUAAGCCCUCUAAUAUCCUUGUUGAUGAGAGGGGGAAUUUCAAACUCUGCGACUUUGGAAUCAGUGGACAACUAGUGGACUCUCUUGCCAAGACGGUAGAUGCUGGAUGUAAACCGUAUAUGGCACCAGAGAGAAUUAAUCCUGACAGAGACAUGAAGGGAUACGACAUCCGCUCUGACAUCUGGAGCCUUGGAAUCACAAUGAUUGAACUAGCUACAGGAAAAUUUCCAUACACUCAAUGGAAAACACCCUUUGAACAGCUGAAACAAGUUGUCCAUGAACCGUCUCCUUCAUUACCUGAAGGGCCAUUUUCAUUGAACUUCAGGGAUUUUGUCACAAAAAGUCUCAUAAAGAACUACAAAGAAAGGCCAAAUUAUAAUCAACUCCUGGAACAUCCAUUCAUCAAGGUCCAUAUGGGUAGAAAUGUUGAUGUUGCUAGCUGGCUAGCCCCAUUCCUCAUUGAGCUCAAGCCUCCCAGUUGAUGAUACCACCUUCAAUACAUUUUCUUAGAGAUUUUAUAAAGAUAUCACAUAUCUACCCACCUCCUAACCUAAGGGACAAACCAAUGGCAUAUUUUAGAUAUGGGGGGUGGGGGUGUGAAAGAGUCCCAGGUUGGCAGGGGGAUGACUUUCCCUAACAAAGCUACAUAUUUUUAGGGGCAUGGCCAGCCCAGCCCCCCCUUCUAGCAGGCAAAUAAAAACAGUAAAUGUGUCGGACAUUUUCUAAGAAAACAGGAGAAAAUGCCUUGAAUGGGCCUUUUGGGUCCACUCCUGUUAAAAAUUCUGGCUACAUUGCUGUAUGCUUGCACAAGUGCUAUUACUUUGGGCCCUUUCAUGGUCUGCUAUCUCUUAAGGUAGUUGUUUAUUGAUAACACAACAUCAUUUUUUGCACUGUAUUCCAACAGCAUGAUUUUAAGUCCUUUCUUACUAUGCUUUGCUAUGUACCACAGUCAUUUUUUAUCACUUAAAAUUUAUUUAAGUAUGAGAAUUUGUGAUUUUUUUUUUGGGAAAAAGAUAUUUGUGGCCAGAUUUCCUGUUUAAAGUAAAAUAUCCAAUAGUCCACAACAUUUCUUUCGUGUUCUAUUUGCCUCAAGUGUUUAGAUUUUCAACAUUAAUUUUUCAAGAACGUCUUUCUCUAUGAAUGGGUAAAGCUCAUUUUUCAUAUAUGAAUUGCACAGAUUAAAGUUGUACGUCUGUCUGUCUAAUCUUCUUUCCUUAGGGGAAGGGUAUUUUUGACAUGAUAAAGUUUUGUAUAAACUAUUUGUAUUGUUUUGUAAACAUAAGACUGAAAUUGUAAAUCUUUAUUAGAUGAUGAUAGUCUGAACACAUUUUCAUAGUUGACAUUUUGUAGUGUGCGUAUGUGAAUAAAACUUAUGAAGUUUUCUUUUA